AUGGCAGAGAAACACGAACUAGACCACCUGGAAACAAGCAUUCCUACAAUUGACACAGACCCGCGCAGAAAGGACAAUCUCCCAGCCGGACAUGUUCCAGCGACCCAGGAGGAGAAGGCCUUGAGUCGGGCUUUGAAUCGGAAGCUUGAUAUAUGCCUCCUGCCCUUCUUAUCCUUGCUGUACCUCUUCAAUGGGUUGGAUCGGGGUAACGUGGGAAAUGCCGAAACACAGGGCUUCACGACGGACAUUGGAGCCCAUCCUGACGACCUGAACCUGGCCGUCAGCCUGUUCUUCAUCACGUUUGUGCUGUUUCAACCUCCCUCGGCGGCAGUGGGCCGAUGGAUCGGCGCCAAGUAUUGGGUCCCUAUCAUCAUGUUCUGCUGGGGGAUUCUCACGAUCUGUCAAGCAUGGGUCAAGGGCCGAGGUGCACUCAUUGCUACACGACUGCUGAUCGGGCUCUUUGAGGCCGGCUUUUACCCUUGCUGUGUCUUCUACCUUUCAACCUUCUACACGCGAUUCGACCUCGCUGUGCGCAUCGGCCUCUUCUACGGCCAAUACGCCGUUGCGGGAGCCUUUUCCGGUUGCAUAGCCUACGGUGUCUUCCACAUCCAAACCGGUAACCUCAAGAAUUGGCAAUACCUCUUCAUCAUCGAGGGCGUUGCUACAUGCGUGAUUGCCCUGGUUGCAUGGUUCUGGAUGCCUCUCGGCCCAGGCAGCGCAUGGUUCUUGAGCAAAAAGAACCGCGCGUAUGCGGCAGAGCGCAUGCGACUAGAUAACGCCAUGUACGCCCAACAUACCUACGGCGACAGCGGCCUCGAAAAUGAGCGAUUGAAUAAAAGGGAUGUAGUCGAGACGGCAAAGGACUGGAAGUUGUGGUACGUCCUGUUCUUCAACAUCCUGGCCAGUGUGCCGGGCCAGGCUUUCUCGGUGUUUCUCCCUCUUGUGGUGGCUGGAAUGGGGUAUUCCUCGAUCGAGGCCAAUCUGAUGUCGGUGCCGCCGUACGUCUGCGGGGCAGUCGGACUGUACCUUUUCGCUGUCAGCUCUGAUAGAAGGAAGGAGCGAGGCUACCACAUUUUCUUUGGCCUCUUAAUCACGCUCAUCGGCCUCAUCAUCACGGUAACGGCCCAAACCCACGGAGCCAAAUACGCCGGUCUUUGCAUCCUGCUGUUCGGCAGCUACGUCUCCGCACCCCUGACGGUGGCCUGGCUGAGCGGGAACACCCCCGAGCCCGGCAAGAGAGCCCUUGUGCUCGGCGUCAACGGGUUCGGCAACCUCUCCGGCGUCAUUGGCUCGCAGCUGUUUCGCAAGUCAUACGCGCCCGAUUACCUGAUACCAUUCUACGUCACGUUGGCGUUCAUUGCGAUCGCGCUGGCUGGGUACCUGGCCUACCGCUUCACCCUGGCGGCCGUGAACAAGAGACGGAAAGCCAAGCUCGCGAGGAUGACGCUGGAGGAGAUUGAGGACGAAAAGACCAAUCCGACGAGGUACGCGGAUAAGAAAUAUACCUUUAUAUAUGGAUUGUAA